UAUAGCAUCCUAACUUAGCAGAAGAAUGUGUUCAAGAAGCAGAAGUGGUGCUGAGGUUCAUUCUGAAAGUCCUAGCUGUUCAGUAUUGUGGCGAACACGUGGUCACUGGGUGAAGUGACCUGUCAGAUAAUAUAAAUUUGGAAACUUCCUUGCAAGACAUCUGCUUUGCAUUCAUCGCUUGACAAUGUUGGUAUUUUCAGAAACUCUCUGAACUCAAGAGACAUUUCCCCACCAGAUGAACAUUUGCUUCUGUAGUUCCCCAUCUACUUUCACGGAACAAGGACACUUAACAUGGCUGUCAUUCUGUAUGGCACUGUGAGUUUAUUUAUUGGAAUGACAAUAGCAUUUGGUCCAGUGCCUCGGAUCACUUGGGACCACAAAGAAAUACAUCUAGUACAUUUUCAAGAGCCAAAAACGUUCAACUACUCAACUUUAUUACUAAGUGAAGACAAAGACAUUUUAUAUGUGGGAGCUAGAGAAAUAAUUUUUGCGCUAAGUUCAUUAAACAUUUCUGAAAAAAAGCAAGAGGUGUUGUGGAAAGUCACUGAAGACAAGAAAACUAAGUGUGCGGAAAAGGGCAAAUCUAAACAGACAGAGUGCCUUAACUAUGUUCGUGUCUUACAACAACUGAAUGAUACUUUCCUUUAUGUGUGUGGAACAAAUGCAUUUCAGCCAGUCUGUGAUUAUCUGAAUCUGUUAUCAUUUGAACUUGGGGGUAGAAAUGAAGAUGGUAAAGGAAGAUGUCCAUUUGAUCCUGCACAAAGUUAUACAUCAGUUAUGGUGGAUGGGGAACUUUAUGCUGGAACGUCUUACAAUUUCUUGGGAAGUGAACCUAUUAUCUUUAGAAACUCACAGCAAAGUCCACUAAGGACUGAAUAUGCAAUUCCUUGGCUCAAUGAACCAAAUUUCAUUUUUGCUGAUGUGAUAAGAGCUGAUCCAGACAAUGCAAAUGACGAUGAUGACAAAAUAUACUUUUUUUUCACGGAGGUGUCUGUGGAAUAUGAAUUUCUUGGCAAGCUGAUGAUUCCAAGGAUAGCUAGAGUCUGUAAGAGGGACCAAGGCGGACUUCGGACUUUACAAAAAAAAUGGACUUCCUAUCUCAAGGCCAGGAUGCUUUGCUCUGCGCCGGAUAAGAAUUUAAUUUUCAAUAUAGUGAAUGAUGUCUUUAUCCUGAAGUCUCCAAGCCUGAGGGAGCCAGUAAUUUAUGGGGUUUUCUCACCGCAGUUAAACAAUGUAGGCCUAUCUGCUGUGUGUGCCUACAACAUUUCUACAGUGGAGGAUGUUUUUGCCAAAGGGAAAUAUAUGCAAAGUGCCACAGUUGAACAGUCCCACACAAAGUGGGUGCGAUACAAUGGAGAGAUUCCAAGACCCCGGCCUGGAGCGUGCAUAAACAAGGAGGCCGGAGCAGAUGGUUACCUGAGCACACUCAGCUUACCUGAUAAAACGCUACAGUUUGUUAAAGACCAUCCUCUGAUGGAUGAUUCUGUGACCCCAAUAGGAGACAGACCCAGACUGAUAAAAAGGGAUGUGAAGUAUACACAGAUUGUGGUGGACCGAGUCAGAGCACUGAAUGGCACUAUGUAUGAUGUCAUGUUCAUCAGUACAGAUCGAGGAGCCCUUCACAAAGCUAUCAGCUAUGAGAAUGGAAUGCAUAUUAUUGAAGAAAUCCAGCUCUUUCCAAAUUUUGAGCCCAUUCAGACACUGCUGCUUUCUUCCAAAAAGGGCAAUCAGUUCCUCUAUGCAGGGUCCAAUGCUGGGGUUGUGCAGUCCCCUCUAGCCUUUUGUGACAAGUACAGCACCUGUGUUGACUGUGUCUUGGCAAGAGAUCCAUACUGUGCUUGGGAUCCCCAAGAAUCUGUCUGUGUCAGCCUUGGAGACAGUGAGACUGAAAGGGACUGGAUUCAGAAUAUAGGUGGAGAUGCUUCCUCUUGCCCUGAUAAAAUAAAAGAGCAUUCUCUGCAGCACACUUACAAGCAUGGGAGUACUGCAGAGCUAAAAUGUUCUCAGAAGUCCAACCUGGCCCAGGUGGUUUGGAAAUUCAGAGAUGAUGUACUAAAGGUUGAAAGCCCCAAAUACCGUCUCCUGGAGAAAGCACUACUUAUCUUCAAUUUGUCUGAGGGAGACAGUGGCGUUUAUCAGUGCCUGUCGGAAGAAAAAGUGAAGAAUCAGAAGUUCUCACAGGUUUUGGCCAAGCAUGUUUUGGAACUGAAGAAACUCCAGCACACCACUGUGAACCCAGUCCAGCCAACAACACGGGUGGAAGGAAAUGGAAGAGCGCCAAGAAAGUCAGUUGUCUUUACCCAGGGUCAUCUUUUCACCACUCCAGCUGCAGCGGUCACAACAUCCAGGAUAGUAACAAAUCCCAUCAUCCCCAUCCUGACAAGUACUGCCUCUGAUGAACUCUUGAACUCUGUUGCUGAGGUUCCUGCAAGGACAAUGUUUCUGAAGUCAAAUGAUAAUUGCCUUUUGAUGUUUCUUUUUCUGUUCUUCUUUGUACUGUUCCUAUGUCUGUUCUCAUACAACUGUUACAAAGGAUAUUUACCAGACCAAUGUUUGAAGUUCCGCUCUGCUUUAUUACUUGGAAAGAAGAAGCCCAAGGCAGAUUUUUCUGAUUGUGAGCAAAGUGUGAAGGAGACGCUGGUAGAGCCUGGCAGUCUCCUGACCCAAAGUGGAGAACAGCCAAAGCCGUCACAUGACACAGGUUAUGAGACGGAAGCAGACUACGUCAAUGGCCACGUUCAACAUGAUGAGGAUCAUUCACAGUCUUACAAAGAAGUCAAGGACAAACCUUUUGAUGUGAAGUGUGAACUGAAAUUUGCUGACUCGGAUGCUGAGGGGGAUUAAAAGAACAUCUUCAACAUCCAUAAUAAAAGUACUGUCAUUCUGACACUUUAUUUUUGAAUGGUUUAAAUGUGAUAAUGGGGACAGAAAGGGCUAUGUAUUCUCAGUUUUAUCACUGACACCUUGUCAUUUCACACCUGGUUAGAGACAAAUCUUGCAUUUUCUGAAAACCAUUCUGUUACACAUUUGUCUUGUUUUCUUUUCUUUUAAAUGGCCAGUUUCCGUUUCAUGUUGUGAAUCUUUGUGCUUGUUUCUAAUGAUAAUUUAACACUUUCACAUACUGACUGUUUUAAUUGAUUCCUUUUUGUCUUAGAAGGCAAAAUUUUGCAGAGCCAUGCCAAAAAAGAAUUUAAGUAGCUCCAGUCUGCACAUAUUUAACUGCCAUUAAAAAAAUCUAAUUUCAGUUUAAUUCCAAAUUGGAAAUGAUGUUUAGUUUAUCAGAUUGGUAAAUUAUAGCCUUUUUGUCCAGAUUGGGACAUUUCUUUGCAUCUAGUGAAUCUUAAUGCUCCGUGUAAAUGCAUUAAUUGUAUUUGGUAGCUUUAGCUGGCAAAAGAAAUGUUGGAUCUUUCCAAAACUAUUUGUGUAUCUUUUUAGACUGUGUUGUAUAUUGGGAUAAAUCUGGUUAGAGUUGCAUAAUGUUCUCAGGGAUAAACUUGGGUUAAAUGUUUUUGUUUUUCUGUAUAAAAAUGUAGAUAUAGUAAUCAAUUGGAUGUUUAAUGUUCAUUUUGGGGUUGUGGGGAACUUAGAGUGAUUUUCAAGAAGUUGGACACUGCCAUGUUAACUAGAUUUUAUGGAUUUAUUUUAAGAUUUUUAAAUGGAUUAGUGGGAAAACUGUAAUCCCUGAACCACAUCAAUGUGAGAGAGAUGUGUUGUGUGGAUACAAUGCAGAAUUUGUCAAACGUUUGUUGACCCUCCCAUAAAAGACUGUUGGAGAUUUACUCUUUUUCACAGUUGGAAGGUGAUCAGGUAAAAGGAAGUUUUUCCUUUUCAUUACCAGUGUUGCCAAAUGUUUUCAUGUCACAACGUUCACCAACAUUUUUGAAAAGCAGCUGGAAAAGGAAAACAGACACUGGAAGAAGAACUGCCCUAAUCUCUGCUGGGAUUCAGAUGUCCUAAGUGUGGUUCACAACAGCACUAUUUGUCUGUAGAACUGGUUUGUGCUGUACAGUUUUAAAUAGUUGUAUCUCACUGUCUGCAUUUUGCUAACUGUAAAUAUGGUUUAUAGAGAUAGUGAAUUUUUGUUGUUGAGUAUGCAGUUUGUCCGAAACUCUUCCCUCCCCCACCCACCAGUUAAAACAGUCUGUGACCCAUUGUAGACCAUCUUAGUUUAAACAGUUUUU